AUGGCGUCUUCUUCUUCUUCUUCGAACACAACAACCGACUACGCGAAGCAAGCGUUUAACAACCCUUUAAUCAAGCACGCUGGGGAACAACUGUUGUAUUCUCGACCGAAGACGAUAGCGCUGAGCGGUCCGGCUGGGUUUUUAGGGAGCAACGUCGUGGAUGCUAUUUUGGACGCGCACGAGUUUCGAAGGGCGAACGGGUUAGAUCCAGGAGAGUUGUUAUUGUUGUCCUCCAGUCCAGGGACGCUGAUGGCGCGAUUGACGAGUCAGUUGGGAAGUCAAAGGUUGAAGACGGUGAGAGCGACUCGGGUGGAUUAUUAUCAUCAACACGACGUGGAUUCGUGGCAUGACCAGCUCGGGUCGCUCGGAUUGGGUGGGUGUAACGCGGUGUUUGCAAAUUUAGCCGGUUUAGCCGGACCGGUUCCAGGGAAGCCGGAUUCGAUGAUGGCGGUGAAUUAUCGCGCGCCGGUGGCCGCCGCGAGGGCGUGCGAGGCGUUGGGAUUCGGGCAUUUCGUGCAAAGCUCGACGCAAGCGACGAAAGCGGAGAGAGCCGGGCAGGUGCCGUAUUCGAGGUGGAAAUCGAUGACUGAUUAUUCAUUGGCGAGGUUAGAGAAGUUACCGGUAUCGAUCACGAGUUUAGGAUUGUUGUACAGUUCGAAGAGUGGCGCAGUCGGGCAGAGAGGGGAUUUGUUGAACAUGACGGAUUUGACGCUGUUGCCGUUGACGCCGAUUAUGGGCAACGGAACGGCGCCGCUGCAACCGCUGGAGGUGGCAGACGCGGCAAACAGGAUUGCUUUUUUGUGUUUGACAGAGUUUAGUUCAAGGGCGACGCAACGGUACGAUUUGAGGCGAAUGCCGAGCGGUGGGUGGGGUUCGGGUAGCUCGAGUAACAACAACACGACAACAGUGAGAGUUGGGAGCAUUAAUAACACCACAGGAGACGUGGCGGCAAAUAGCAGCAGCAGCAGCAGUAAUAGUAGCAUUAGUAGUAGUAGUAGUAGUAGUACCGCAACGUACGACGCGGACGACGGCAUGAACAAAAUGUGGAACAAAGACUCGUGGAAACAACUCGUCACGAAUAAUCAGAGGCAUUACACGUUGCGAAUGUACGACGCGGUCGGUCCGGAAAUUAUGACCAUGCUCGAACUCAACGAAAAGUUUGCGAAAAUCAACAGCACAAAAUUGACGCCGGUGUUUGUCGAUUACAGAAACUUUGAGCGCGUGCUAAACGUCGCGUCGUUGGGGAACUUGAACCGACAAUUUGUGAGUCUUUUGCGCUCGGAGCAAGCGACGGAGAAACCAAUCGUCGGGAACCCGAGCGAGUUUGAGCAAUUACUAGGGAACGACGCUCGAUUACUUCGAUUGGAUGAAGUCGAGAGAAACUUUCGACGUCGGUUUCCGUAUUGGAGCACGUUGAAGUGGGCGUUUACAAAUUACGGCGUCAUAGAACCUGGAAUUUCCUUAGGAUUAGAGAUUACGGUGACGUACUUGUUCGGUAAACAAGCUGGGAAUCCGGACAAUUGGAUCAAAACGAGAGGCGGUAUUGGCUUGGUGGCGUUAUGCGCCAUCGCCGGAGGAUCGGCGUACUUAGGUGCCGAGUUUGCAAACGUCAUCGUCGCGUUUACGCCGCCUUCCUUAACACCACCAACUCCUCCUCCGACGUCUGCAUGA